AUGUCUGAUUCUGCAUUUCUUGACUUCUUGAAAUCCAUGAGAGGUUCAAGUGAUGAUUUCAAACGUAGUGGAUCAUUAUCUACUACUGCAUCAUUAUCUACUACUACACACACACCAGUUGGAUCAAAAUCUCCAGAAAUAACUCAAGGAAUAAAAAGACCAGCUUCUGAAACACUUGAAAAUAAUGAUGAAGGUUUGAAAAAAGUUAAAACUAACAUCAGUGAAGACAAUGAUGAAGGUUUUAAAAAAGUCAAAACUAGCAUCAGUGAGGUCAGUAAAAUUCUGACAUUCGGUGAAGCUAAAUUUGAUAAAGAACCUUCUUAUGUUGGAUUUCUUGAUAUACAAAGAUUAGAAUAUGCAGCUAAAUUAGUUCAAAAAAAUGUUGGUCUUAUAAUAAAAAGUGCACCAGAUUAUUAUGAAUUAAUAAAAUUAAUAAAUUCUUCAAAUAUAGAUUCAACAACAAGAAAUGAAUUAAAAUCAAGUGAUUUAAUGGCAUUAGCAUGUAAAAUAAAAUCAAAAUAUAAAUUAGGUGAAGUACCAAUACUUGAUCAAAUAUAUGAAAAUGAUAUUAAAAUUACAAAAGAAGAUCAAAUUAAAUUAUCAAAAUUAGAAUCUGAAAAUCCAAAACCUUUACAAUAUGAAAUUCCAAAAAAGGAAAUUGAUGAAAUUUCAAUUACUGGUAUUGAUAAUGAUUUACCACCAUUACCAAAAAUUAAUGAUAUUAGUUUAUUUGAAAAAGUAUUUGUUCAUAAAUCUGGAGUUAAUAAUAGAACUUAUUUAGGAGCUGAAGCAAUGAUACAAGCUCAUAAUGAAAGAUUAGAAUUUUUAGGUGAUUCAAUAUUAAAUAAUUUGGUAACUUUAACAAUUUAUAGAACUUUUCCAUUAUGUAAUGAAGGUCAAUUAUCAAAAAUUAGAUCAGAUUUAGUAAAUAAUAAUAUGUUAAAAAAAUUAGCUUUUCAAUAUGGAUUUGAUAAAAAAUUAAGAACUAAUUUUGCAGUUGAUUCAACAAAACCAGCUGAUCAAAAAAUGUAUGCUGAUGUUUUUGAAGCUUAUGUUGGUGCUUUAGCUAUUGAAAGAGGUUCAGAUUUAAAAGAAGUUCAAGAAUGGCUUGAACAAUUAUAUGCACCAACUUUAACUCAAUUAAAAAAUCAAUAUUUAAAACCACCAGUUGAUAGAGAUGCAAAAUCACAAUUAUAUGCUAUAAUUGGUCGAGCUGAUUUACGUCCAACUUAUGAAAUAGUUACUGCUGGAGAUGGUAUAACUACUAAUUUUGUUGUUGAUUGUAAAAUGGGUUUUGAAUUUUUAGGUCGUGGUAUAGCUUCAAGUUCAAAAGAUGCAAGUUUAGGAGCUGCAACAAAUGCAUUAAAAAAUACAAAAGUUUUAGAAAAAUAUGCUUUACAAAGAUUAGAAAUUGAAAAACCUGUUAGAAUACAAAGAAAAGAAAGAAAUGAACAAAAAAGAUUAGAAAAAUUAAAAAAAUUAGAAGAAGAAGAAAAAGCGAGUUUAAAUUCAGAAGAAGAAGAACCUUUUAUUCCUGAUUCACCAAUUCAUACUGAUUUAUUUCCAAUAGAAAUUAAAGAUAAUAUUGAAUUAAAUGUUGAAGCAAAAAAUAAAUUAUAUGCUUUAAUUGGUACCAAAACAGGAACAAAACCAGAAUAUAUUGUAAGUCAAAAUGAAUUUGGAAAAUUUACAGUUAAUUUAAAAAUUAGAAAUUUAUUAGUUGGUACUGCUAUUGAUAGUUCAAAAAAGAAAGCAAUGUCUAAAGUUGCUAAUGCUUUAUUAAUGAAUGAUGAAGCUAUUCAUGAAUUAUGUAAAAGAUUUUAA